AUCUACCUGGCCGCAGGAUGAAGCUGACCACAGGCUGCUUGCUUUUGUGGCUCAGCAUGGGGGGUGGCCUGGCUCAGACAGACACCAACCCUGACACAGAAGAAUCCUAUGCAGACUGGGGCCUUCGGCACAUCCGGGGCAGCUUUGAAUCUGUCAACAGCUACUUUGAUUCCUUUCUGGAGCUGCUGGGAGGGAGAAAUGGAGUCUGUCAGUACAGGUGCCGAUACGGAAAGGCACCAAUGCCCAGGCCUGGCUACAAACCUCAGGAACCCAACGGCUGCAGCUCCUACUUCCUGGGUCUCAAGGUACCAGAAAGAAUGGACUUGGGCAUUCCAGCAAUGACCAAGUGCUGCAACCAGCUGGACAUCUGCUAUGACACGUGUGGUGCCAACAAGUAUCGCUGUGAUGCAAAGUUCCGAUGGUGUCUCCACUCUAUCUGCUCCGACCUUAAGCGGAGUCUGGGAUUUGUCUCCAAAGUGGAAGUAGCUUGUGAUUCACUGGCUGAUACGGUGUUCAAUACUGUAUGGACCUUGGGCUGCCGACCCUUUAUGAAUAGUCAGCGGGCAGCCUGCAUCUGUGCAGAGGAGGAGAAAGAAGAGUUAUGAGGAAGAGGUGACGGCUUCCUGUUUUUGAGUGACAACACAGCUGUCAGUCUCGGAGACGGGUGGUGCGGCAUAUGUGUCACCUCCUUUCUUCCUCAGUCUGAACACCAGAAAGCAGGAGAAAGGAAAGAUUUGUUCUAUAGCUGAAACACGAGUAACAUCCUUCAAGAUGAAUUGGAAAAAAGACCUGGAGUGAUUUGAAGGCUACUCUUCAUUUACCACUGGUCUCCCCAGUGAAGAAGACACAUUGGCCAGAAAAUUCAGGUCUUAGCUUAAAGGUUAAAACACAAACCCUGAGAUUCCUGGACCUGAUAAUUAUAUUCAUAAAUGAAAUUUUGGGGCACCCAACCACUAGGAAACAAUGGCUUUCCUCUGGUCCCUGUUUCAAUUGCAGUAAGCAUUUCAUAUUUAAUAAAAUGUGCUUUUUAGAAAAUCUGAAAAGAGAUGAAUUCCAUUAUCGCCAUGUUUCCAUUCCACUUAGAAGAGAACAGAAACAACCUGGUAAGUUCCACUAAUGACAACAUGAUUCCCACUGGUGCUGAAGAGAUUGAAAAAACAGGUGGGAUGGUCAGAGGCUUACCUGAUUAAGCCCAAUGGAGGUGCAGGUCAGAUGGUGUUAGGUCUCUGAGGUUCCAUUUCUCCUCCAGCAACCUAUCCUCCCUCUUUGUAUUCCUGAUUACUAACAAAAAAAAAAAAAAAACCCAUUGCCAUGGAGUCAAUUCUGACUCAUAGCGACCCUAUAGGACAGAGUAGAACUGCCCCAUAGAGUUUCCAAGGAGCACCUGGUGGAUUUGAACUACCAGCCCUUUGGUUAGCAGCUGUAGCUCUUAACCACUACACCACCAGGGUUUCCCCUAGUUAUUAAGUGACGUUAAAGUCAUGCCAAGAUCUGAGAAGCAGUUUGUAAGAGCUAUCAACGGAAAUAGCUAGGAAAGGUCCCUGAAAUCUGAGGGGAGUGAGAGACAAACAGCCAUUCCCUAAAUUGUGGUUCUCAGGCCUGACUGCAGAUUAGAAUCACUUGCCCAAGCCCAAGCCCAUUGCCGUCCAGUCGAUUCUGACUCAUAGUGACCCUAUAGGACAGAGUAGAACUGCCCCAUAGAGUUUCCAAGAGGCGAC